GAAUGGAUAUUGUGGUGAGCAGCAUCUGAUUACAGAAACGCCAGCAGGCUCGGAGGGGGUAGACGCUCACUAUCAGCAGGGGAAGCAACAUUUAAUUCCCCUGUGACGAAAACAAACUUCUUUUACCUCCGUAGGAAGCAUAAAAUUCGACUCUUUUUCUAUUUUAAACCGGAGCGAAGAGGAAAAGUCCGCAGUUCUGUCGCCGGAUCAGGAGGUUUGAGGUCGGCAUAAAUGGCUGAAGGGGGCCGACUGUCGACGGAGUAAAACCUGCAGGAUGUCGCAGUUUGUGGAGGUGUGAAUUCAGAAGCCAGGCGGCGUGCUUUAAGGCGAAUAUCGACGUUUUACGGCUAAAUAAGAAGAGCUUGAGGCUGCUGGAGGAUUCAGUUUGGUUUGUUCCGCCAGCGCGGAGUUAAACAGGCUGCUGGAGAAACAGGCCGUCUUCUGUUUGGACAUCUGUCCAUUUGUAUUUUCGUCUCUGAUAAGUCUCGUGUGCCGCCGCCAUCAUUCCGUGCUGCAGGGCCGACCCCAACAUGUCUUCCAACGGAGACGUCAGCGACCUCGGCAGCUCCGACAGCUUCUGGGAGCCGGGUAACUAUAAAAGGACGGUGAAGCGGAUCGAUGACGGCCACCGGCUGUGCAACGAGCUCGUUAGCUGCUUCCAGGAGAGAGCCAAGAUCGAGAAGAGCUACGCUAUUCAGCUGAGCGACUGGUCCAAAAGGUGGAGGGGCAUCGUUGAAAAAGGCCCUCAGUACGGGACUCUGGAGAAAGCGUGGCACGCCUUCAUGCAGGCAGCCGACCGCCUUAGCGAGCUGCACAUGGAGCUGCGGGAGCGGCUAGCGGGCGAGGACAGCGAGAAAGUCCGUUACUGGCAGAAGGACGCUUUCCACAAGCAGAUGAUGGGAGGCUUCAGGGAGACGAAGGACGCAGACGACGGGUUCAGGAAAGCUCAGAAACCCUGGGUCCGCAAGCUGAAAGAGGUGGAGUCCAGUAAGAAAAGCUACCAUCAGGCCAAGAAGGAGGAGUGGACGGCCAUUUCCAGGGAAACGCAUGCCAAGGCUGACCCGUCCAAAUCCCAGGAGGAAGUCCGCAAAUUCACGGUCCGGACCGAGCGCUGCAACCAAGAGGCUGAGAAGGCGAAGGAGCGCUACGCCAAGGCCCUGGAGGAGCUGAACCGCUGCAACCCUCGCUACAUGGAGGACAUGGAGCAAGUGUUCGACCUCACGCAGGAGGCAGAACGGAAGAGACUGCGCUUCUUCAAAGACGUCCUGCUGGACAUCCACACGCACCUCGACCUGUCCGCUAAAGACAGCUUUAAGAACCUGCACCAGGAUCUGGGUCAGACCAUACGGGCGGCCAACGAUACUGAAGACCUGCGGUGGUGGAGGAACACCCACGGACCGGGGAUGAGCAUGAACUGGCCCCAGUUUGAGGAGUGGUCUCCAGAUUCAAGCCGCUCCAUCAGCAGGAAGGAGCGAGGAGGAAACUCUGAGGAGAACGUCGUCACCCUCACCAACAUCGUGUCGUCUGGUGGAGGAGACGCCCCGCCCAGUCCCAUCGCUAUGGAAACGGGCAGGGUGAAGGAUUACUCAUCGGACUGGUCAGACGAGGAGAGUCCCAAGAAGGCUUUGGCGGUGAAUGGCGUCGGGGAGGCGAAGGAGGAGGAGGAGGAGGAGGAGCAGGCGGAGGGCGUGGCGGUGAGAGCGCUGUACGAUUACACGGGUCAGGAGGCGGACGAGCUCAGCUUUAAAGCAGGCGAUGAGCUGAUGAAGCUCGGUGAGGAAGAUGAGCAGGGCUGGUGUAAAGGACGGCUGAGGAGUGGCCAGGUUGGCCUUUAUCCCGCCAACUACGUCCAGGUCAUCGCUUCCUGAUGGCCCCAACCCCUCUGGUCAACUGAGCCAAUCAGAAAGCUGCACACCACCCACCAGGAACAAGUGGAGGCUUUCCGUACUGACCCGAGGAAAAUGAUUCCUGCGGUUCUGAAAGUCUGUCUUUGUCAUCGGAAAGAGGAGAACAGAACUAUAAUAUCUGCCAGCUGUCAUUCAACUCCAGCAGGAAAAUAAGUUUCUGAUCAGAUCAUUAAACCCACAAAAGAGGAUAAUCAAUCAGCAA